AGGAGCCAAAUAUUUUAAGAACCUCUCAUCUAGCCACCAAAUAUUAUAUAAAGCGUGACUUGUUAAGUUUAAUUCAGUCCUAAUAAUUCGUCAAUAAGCUAAUGCGGAACAAACAGAGAACAAACAUAUGACUAAGAGAGUAAGUGGAAAAAACUGACAGAGUCAUCAGUAGCAAGAAAGAUUGUUGUUGACCUGGCAAUAAAAAGCCCAGUAGGAGUAGGGAGAGUGACUCUACACAGUAGUCGCCACGGUCAAGUGCACCGUCCUGUGUCCGUGUGAAACUAAUGUCCUGUUACGCUGAGGAGACUUAGUCGACGUGCUACACAUCGUGUUUACAUCUUUGUUUUCAUCGAUGCUUUCUUUGGAGUCUAAGGUGUAACAGGCGAGUUUCCGGCCUUGUGACAGCGUCAUAGCUAUUGCUCUGUUACAUCUGUGUCUCAGCUUUGCUUUGUUACAUCAGUGUAUUACUCUGUUAAUUAGUGAAAAUAGUGUCUUAUCUAUUGCUCUGUUACAUCAGUGUCUAAUAUAAUGCUCUGUUACAUCAGUGACUUAUCUAUUGCUCUGUUACAUCAGUGUCUUAUAUAAUGCUCUGUUACAUCAGUGUCUUAUAUAAUGCUCUGUUACAUCAGUGUCUUAUAUAAAUGCUCUGUUACAUCAGUGUCUUAUAUAAUGCUCUGUUACAUCAGUGACUUAUCUAUUGCUCUGUUACAUCAGUGUCUUAUAUAAUGCUUUGUUAUAUCAGUGACUUAUCUAUUGCUCUGUUACAUCAGUGUCUUAUCUAUUGCUCUGUUACAGCAGUGUCUUAUCUAUUGCUCUGUUACAUCAGUGACUUAUCUAUUGCUCAGUUACACCAGCGUCUUUUUUAUUGCUCUGUUACAACAGUGACUUAUCUAUUGCUCUGUUACAGCAGUGUCUUAGUUAUUGCUCUGUUACAUCAGUGCCAUAGCCAUUGAUCUGUUACAUCAGUGCCAUAGCCAUUGAUCUGUUACAACAGUGUCUUAGCCAUUGCUAUGUUACAGCAGUGACUUAUCUAUUGCUCUGUUACAUCAGUGUCUUAUCUAUUGCUCUGUUACAACAGGGUCUUAUUUAUUUCUCUGUUACAUCAGUGUCUUAGCUAUUGAUCUGUUACAUCAUAGUCUUGGCUAUUGCUCUGUUACAGCAUAGUCUUUGCUAUGGUCUGAUACAGCAGUGUCUUAGCUAUUGCUCUGUUACAGCAUAGUCUUGGCUAUUGCUGUUAAGCAGUGUCUUCGCAAUUGCUCUGUUACAGGAGUGUCUUAGAUAUUGCUCUGUUACAGCAGUGUCUUAGAUAUUGCUCUGUUACAGCAGUGUCGUAGCUAUUGCUCUGUUACAGCAGUGUCUUAGCUAUUGAUCUGUUACAGCAGUGUCUUAGCUAUUGCUCUGCUACAGCAUAGUCUUGGCUAUUGCUCUUGUAUAGCCGUGUCGUAGCUGUUGCUCUCGUGACAACAUUCUGAAGGUAUAAAGUUUUGCAAUAUUCUGAAGGUAUACAAAUUGUGACAAUAUUCUGAAGGAAGCCUUUACAGUUUUCACAAUAUUCUGAAGGUAUACAGAUUAUGACAAUAUUAUAAAGGUAUCCAAAAAAUACAAAUAUUCUGAAGAUAUAAAAAUUAUGACAACGCUUGAACAUAUCUUUUCAUAACAUUGUUACAUCAUUUGAUACACAUAUUCAACAAACUUUAACAGUCGUCGGCAUAUCAAAGUCAAGAAGCCAGCUGGACAGAAGAUGGGAGCCAUUGAUUUGGAGAGUUUACCUCUGAUCUUCUACGUCAAUGGACUUCGGGUAAUUUUCUUAUUGCUUUCAAGUUUUAGUUACUCAUAAUGUUUUCUAGAAUUUCUUAAAUGUAUUAUUCAUCAUUUUUUAAAAUGUAAGCCUUUAUUUAUAAAGAGGAAAACUUUUUCUAAAUGUUUCUGUGUUUACCGUAUGGGGAAAAGGGGGGGGGGAGGGGUUUAGGGGAUGUGGGAAGACACAUAAUAUCUUGUUUAUUUGCAUUUUUUAAAGCAUUUUUUAUCACGAGGAUCGAAAGUUGUUUUUAGUUCGAGAUAGGGAGGUUAAGAACACCUGUUUGAGAAUUUGAUGGAGAAAAGAAAAACAUAAGAGAACCAAGUUACAACGCAUCUCUUAACUUUUUCCUAAGACGGUAAUCAAGAAAGGGAAGAUUUUGACAAAAUAUCUUUUGAUCACAAUAGAAAUAAAUAUACAUCAUAGUCUAUAGUAAAAUGUAAGCUACACCAGCUAAUUGGGUCAGUCAUAAUAUGUAACCAAGGUGGACGGGAUUUCAAAUUGAGGAAUUACAAGGUACGUUGAAGAUCCAAUCAAGUCGCACCCACUCCUGCUUUAAAAAAAAAAUGGAUCCCUUGUCGUGGGGCCCCUACAGGUGCUUCCAUUUGCCUUUAGGUUAAUCCUGCACCGGUAACCCCUUUGUCGGUUAAAAUUUUUGGACAAAAGUAUAUCAUUUAGCGUUGCAACGUUUAAACCAGAUGACUGUCAUGUUCAAAAUUCUUUGUAUUUUUUUAAUAUUACAACUAUUUCAUUGUGAUAUCAGUCAGCGACCCGGAAUUUAAAUUUUUUUUAGCACCAAACGUUUUAGUCACGAUAGCUAUUAAAUCACACAGACGCUCUAACCAGACGAUUGGGACGUUUAAUUGGGCCCACUAGCCCGACAUAUUUGUGACCAGAAGAUUGAGAUGGUUUAAUUGGGCCCACUAGCCCGACAUAUUUGUGACCAGACGAUUGGGAUGUUUAAUUGGGCCCACUAGCCCGACAUAUUUGUGACCAGACGAUUGGGAUGUUUAAUUGGGCCCACUAGCCCCACAUAUUUUUUUAAAAUUUACGUGCAAAUACAUUUUUGUGUUGUUAUACACUAAUUCAAUUUUAAUCAAAUGUUUGUAACAUUUUUUGGGGGGUUGAGGAAAAACAAAGGGCGAAAUUUAGAAACUAUACAAGUUUAUCCUAUUAAAGGUGACACAAUCAACUCUCAAAAUUGGUGACCUUUGAUACUGGCCACUCAGCUUUCCCUUGCAUAACCUGAUUGAUCUGCACAGCAAACAACUUCUACUUCUACGACCAAUAUAUCAUUUCAAUAUUCAAAGAUUUAUCAACAAAAAGAGAAAACAUCAUUUUCUUCCUCCAUAUUUUGUUUUCCCCUUCUCCAGGUUGAAGAUAAGGAACCUGACCCGGAAAUGACCUUGCUGACUUACAUUCGAACCAAGCGUAUCCAUUUAAUUAAAAAUUAGUCUCGCAACAAUCCCAUAUUAAAAAAAAUAAAAAAAAUAAGUAGUUUCAUUUUUAAUUUCUCAGUUUUUGAGGCCAUGAAGUUUUUAAAUACCUUAUAGACAAAUAGUUUAUAAUUAAGUUUAAUUAAUACAAUGACAAGUGAGUUGCCCAUUGGUCGGUUUCCCAUAGCCUCACUACUGGUUAAAUACCCGGCACCUCCUCUAAGACCUUCUUAUACAUACGUCUGGUGCCUGAAAGGGUCAAAUAAUAAUUGUACAAAUAUUCAAGCCCUGCUACCUUUUCCACACUUGGUCAUACUCAUGAGGGCCACACCAAUUCCAAGCCCUGCUACCUUUUCCACACUUGGUCAUACUCAUGAGGGCCACACCAAUUCCAAGCCCUGCUACCUUUUCAAUACUUGGUUGAUACUCAUGAAGGUCAUAUCAUACCCCCAUUUAAUUGUUCAAAAUUUCUUACCAAGGAUAUGAACGCCAUGAUAAUAAGGAGGAAGUUACUGAGCAAGGAUGUUACCACUGUCCACUUUACCACAAUGUGACAAGCUUCACAUGUUAGUAAACUGUAUUUCGUUACAAAAUUCUUUCCUUGACCAAAACGUGACAAGCUUCACAUGUUAGUAAACUGUAUUUCGUUACAAAAUUCUUUCCUUGACCAAAGCCAGUUCACCUGACCGGCAGUAAGUUGGGCUGUGGAGAAGGUGGAUGUGGAGCCUGUACUGUCAUGGUGUCCAAAUACUCGCCUCAGUCGGACACCAUCAAAUAUCCUUUAUUGAACUUAUUAGUAGUGGGCUUACACUUAAUAAAGCAGCAUCAAAAAAAAUUUUGUUUAACCAAGUAGUAGUAGUUGGGUACAGGUUCCUCUUUCCUCAGUAGUAAAGUCUAAUCUGUUCUUUUAAUUAUGACUAUUUAUGGUGGGGACAGGGCCGUCACUUGGGCCCUGCAAACCCUGCGGCUGCAGGGGGCAUGGGAUAUUAAAGGGGCACAAAAAGUUGUGAUGUGAACAAAACUAUUACCUUUGAAUGAAGGGGUCACAAAGUUGUGAUGUGAACAAAUCUAUUAAUUUUGAAUGAAAGGGUCACAAAGUUGUGAUGUGAACAAAUCUAUUAACUUUGAAUGAAGGGGUCACAAAGUUGUGAUGUGAACAAAUCUAUUAACUUUGAAUUAAGGGGUCACAAAGUUGUGAUGUGAACAAAUCUAUUAACUUUGAAUGAAGGGGUCACAAAGUUGUGAUGUGAACAAAUCUAUUAACUUUGAAUGAAGGGGUCACAAAGUUGUGAUGUGAACAAAACUAUUAACUUUGAAUGAAGGGGUCACAAAGUUGUGAUGUGAACAAAAAUAUUAACUUUGAAUGAAGGGGUCACAAAGUUGUGAUGUGAACAAAUCUAUUAACUUUGAAUGAAGGGGUCACAAAGUUGUGAUGUGAACAAAUCUAUUAACUUUGAAUGAAGGGGUCACAAAGUUGUGAUGUGAACAAAUCUAUUAACUUUGAAUGAAGGGGUCACAAAGUUGUGAUGUGAAAAAAUCUAUUAACUUUGAAUGAAGGGAGCAAAAAGUUGUGAUGUGAACCAAUCUAUUAACUUUGAAUGAAGGGAGCAAAAAGUUGUGAUGUGAACAAAUCUAUUAACUUUGAAUGAAGGGAGCACAAAGUUGUGCUGUGAACAAAUCUAUUAACUUUGAAUGAAGGGGUCACAAAGUUGUGAUGUGAACAAAACUAUUAACUUUGAAUAAACGGGCCAAAAAAUGAAAAGUUGCAGAGGCAUCUAAAUGUCACACGCGGUUGUGGGUGGGAAAAAAUCAUUUGUGAUAAUGACGAAAUAGAGACAUGUACACCGCUCAUCACGAAACUAUUUAUAAGAAAAAUUCAAUAAAAAUUUCCAAUAUGUGUAUAAGGACACUGCAAUGAUGUAAUAUGUGUAUAAGAACACAUCAUUGAAGAUUAAUUUCUUGCCUUAACUUUGCUCACACACUACAAUGUGAACGCUUGCCUGGCUCCUGUGUGUUCCAUGCAUGGCCUGGCCGUCACAACAGUCGAGGGCAUCGGAAAUGUGGCCAACCUGCACCCAGUACAGGUAGCGUGACGCGCAACGUAAAGCUUUUAGUCAAUUAAUUGUCUCUUAAUGAGUGAUGCUUAACAACAAUUUGUUGCUUACCAAAAAUGUUAUGGGUCCUCAUAUCUCUAAUAUCAUCAAUCUUAUAGACAUGCCUACUUGUGGGGGAUUUGGGGAAUCAUAUAGACAAGCCUACUUGUGGGGGAUUUGGGGAAUCAUAUAGACAAGCCUAUUUGUUGGGGAUUUGGGGAAUCAUAUAGACAAGCCUACUUGUGAGGAUUUGUGGAAUCAUAUAGACAUGCCUGCUUGUGGGGGCAUCAUAUAGAAAUACCUACUUGUGGGAGAAUCUUAAGACAUGCCACAUGUGGGGGAAGCAUAUAGACAUGCCUACUUGUGGGGGAAUCUUAAGACAUGCCUGCAUGUGGGGGAGUCGUAUAGACUUGCCUACAUGUGGGGGAUAUGGGGAAUCAAAUUCCCAAUAGGAUUUGUAUUUUAUUUAGGAAAUUAUUAUAAUUUAAAUAAUGCAUUUUGAGUCUUGAGUGUCCUUGUAGAUUUAUCAUUUACUUUACUAGACAUUUUUACUGAUGUCAUACACGCCUUAUAAUAGCUUCCACGCAUACUUACCAACUAAUAUUUACAGGAACGGAUUGCUAAAUUCCAUGGCUCACAAUGCGGAUUUUGCACACCAGGAAUUGUGAUGACAAUGUACACCUUACUGAGGAACAAUGUUAGACCCACUGCCAGGGAACUGGAAGAAUAUUUUGAUGGUUUGUCUUUUAAAAAAAAGUGUUCGGCUACCAAGUGUUCUCCUUUUAAGAAGAUAGAAAUGGCACGAUUGUUGUUUCAGUUCAGCAUGAAUCGUAGCGAUUUAGCACUGCGAUAGAAAUGAGCAAAUGAAAAAUAUUUUAAGGUUUAAGUAACAGGGCUAACAAUGACAGUAGCCAUACAUUUGGGAGGUCAUUCAUCUUACAGUUGACCAGUGGUCAGUGGUAUAAAUGUAAGAUAAUUAAUCUGAGGAAUGACCAAUGCUGUUCUGUAAUAAAUCUGAGUGUUGACCGGUGGUUUCAAAGGAAUAUAAUAUAAUAAGUAAUAAGUAAUAAGUUAAUAAGUAGUGAUGUCCAGUGGUUUCGAAGAGGGGUACUUUAUGUGAAGGUUGACCACAGUAACUAUCAUUGUAGAAAUGGAUGGUGAAAAUAAUUUGAUCUCAUGAACAGACUUUUUUUUAAUAUCAAUUUUAAUAAUUUUUUGAUUGACUCUGACUCUUUAUCUUAUUUUAAUGGCCUCCUUUAUUUAAGAAUUCACCUUUAAUUACUUCAUUUCUUGAUGUCCAGGCAAUCUCUGCCGCUGCACAGGAUAUCGAGCCAUCCUUGAUGGCUUCUGGACAUUUACAAAGGUAAUAGGUCAACCUGACUUCAGCAUUUACUUGUUAGGUAGAAUUAUAUAUUUUCACACAUAAAACAUAGAGUUUGUAAACAAUACAUUAUACACUGUAUUAAUUUGUAUUCAUUAUUUAAAUUUUGUUAUCCAAUUGAUAAUUUAAAGCUUUGUAACGUAAGAGUUUAUUUGCAAAUCUGAACCCUGGGAAUAGGACCAUUUAAUUUAGAAGGUAUAUAAUUUGAAUAUGAGAAUUAUCUUAAAUUAAUUUUCACAACAUAUCAGAAGUGAAAAAAAAUGUGGGAGGGGAUAUCUUGGUAUCUUUUCUCAAGAUUAUUAAUUUAGCAAUUUUAAUCUUUGUUAAAUUUGUUCUAUUUGUGUUCAGGAGUUUACCUGUGCAAUGGGAAGUGAAUGCUGUCAGAAUAAAACAAAACCACAUGAUGAAACUAAUGGGGAUUGGAGGCACACAAAUGGCAACAGUGGUCAAAAUAACUGCAGUAAUGGUGAUGUCAUCAAUGCUACCAGCAAUGGGGGUCAACAUGAAGACAGGGUGGACAACUCCAUCAGCAGGUUGGAGGUAGAUGAGACUUAUUAGAUGUUGGAGGUACAUGAGACUUAUUAGAUGUUGGAGGUUCAUGAGACUUAUUAGAUGUUGGAGGUACAAGAGACUUAUUAGAUCUUACAAUCAUAUCAUGAGUCUGUUUUUAAAAAAAAAUUAUAUAAUUUGAAUUUUGAAACUCAAGUUCUGAUUUAAAUUAUAGUGUUUCCAGUUCAGUAAAAUGAUUAAUAUUUGUCCAGAUUCUGGGACCAAAGAUAAGCAAACUAAUAACGUAUCAGCCAUCGCAAGAACCAAUUUUUCCACCAGAUCUGAAGGCAAGACAUUUUAGUUUUUAAGUUAAAUUUCAUUUUUAUAUCUGUAUUAUGAUUUUUUUACUCUAAGCAAAAGUCUUUUACUAAAAAUGUACGCCAUUUAUUUGUUUAUAAUGAUGUCCCAAUAUCGAAAACAAACCUCAGCUAUUCUGAACUGGUAUUGAUGUUAAAUAUAAAAUUAAAAUAAAAAAUAUUCAAACUUUCGAAGUAUUUCUGUUCCAAGUAUGCAAUAUUUUUUCCAGCUGUAAAAUUAUUUUCACACUAAACUCAAUGCCCAGGUUAAUCAUGACAAAUACCACGGUCAAGCCAUUAAGUUCCAGAACUCAACAACCACAUGGAUGCAACCAGUCACAUUAAACCAUUUGUUGGAGUUAAAGGCCAAAUACCAAACAGCCAAACUUGUUGUUGGAAAUACAGAAAUAGGUAAAAGCAGUCUUAAAUAUUUACACCCAGUAGGCCUACACAUUAGAGGUCCAGAAUGACCUGGGUCACUCAUAUUUAAUGGCACCAGACUUAACAAAGGUGUAACUAAAAGGUGGGUGGGGGGGGGUGGUUACACCAGUGUUGGGCAUCAAAAUUGGGGAUAUUAUUGAUGAUAUUUUAUUGAUGAAAUUAAUGGGUUUCAGAGUUGAGGGGUGGAAAGGGGGGGGGGGGGGUUAAAAAGAUAUAUUGUCUCAGGGAAUUAUUGAUGAUAUUUUAUUGAUGAAAUUAAUGGGUUUCAGAGUUGAGGGGUGGAAAGGGGGGGGGGGUGUUAAAAAUAUAUAUUGUCUCAGGGCGCAAAACACUCUAGCUACGCCCUUGUCUGACAAUAGGAAAUAGCAACUGUUAUAGUCCUUCAUUAUUACUCAGAGGCAUUUUUUUGUUUAAAAUUUAGAAUGUUAUUAGCUGUGCUAUAAAUAGAUAUAUGUCCUUGUAUAUAUUUAAGGCAUCUGUGAAUGCGAGUUUCCCUCUGUUAUUAAAUACUUAAACCUAAGCUAAAAUAACAGUCUUAACUCUAUUCAUUAAAUAUCAAAACCAGUUUUCUAAUAUUGAUGCCAAUGUCACAAUGUCAACUCUUGUACUAAUACAAGUUUAAAAUUUUGCCUAAUUUUAGGUGUUGAAACAAAAUUUAAAAGUAUGAAAUAUCCAGUUCUGAUAGCAACAAAUCAAGUGAAGGAAUUAUUGAUCCUCAAAACAGAAGAUUCUGGCCUUGUUGUUGGUGCCUCAGUCAGUCUCUCUCAGCUGGAUCAAAAGUUGAGACAGCUUAUCAAAAUGGAACCAGGUAGAAGUGUAUUGGUAUUAUUUUAAUCAUGUUAGAAACAGUGGCAGUUGAUAUUUAAACACUUUUAAUUUACUUAUGACCUCGUUUCAAAAUAUACCAAGAUUUUUAUACUCGCAAAGACUUUCUUAUAUUUAUUCAUAAAGAAUAAAGAAAUUCUUCUUUUCUAAAAAUCUGAAUUUUUGCAUUAAUUUUUUAAGAGCCAUUCUAACUUUUUGUUCUUCUAGAGUACAAAACGAGAGUGUUUUCUGCCAUAGUGGAAAUGUUGAGAUGGUUUGCUAGUCAUCAAAUUAGAAAUGUUGCUGUAAGUGAAAAUUAUUUCAUGAUACAGAAAUUAGGGGGAAUAAUUCAAUUAUAAAACAGUAAGAAAGAAUAAACAGGGGAGAUAAAUAUACAGUACAAAUGAAAUUUACGAUUAAUUUUUAAAAUAGAUAAUUAUUUAUGCUGUGCCACUUUAUUUUUCUCAGAACAUAAUUCCUAGUUCUAGAAAUAUAUAUAUUUUAAACAUGCAUUUUGUGAUUUACUAUUUCAAGCUUAAACUUAAGGUUUUGUAUUAUUAAAUUUCACUAUAUAUAACAUAGUAAUCCUUUGAUGAUUAUUGUUGCUUUUAUAAAGUCUGUAGCUGGGAACAUCAUGACAGCUAGUCCAAUAUCAGACCUGAAUCCUCUUUUGCUGGCAUCUGAGGCCAGAGUUACUGUGCAAUCUAAAGGUAAGUCCAUUUCAAAUUUGCAUUUUUUUUUACAUAAUUUAUGGCACUUUAAAAAAAAAAAUAAUUUUAAUGUUUUGUCAAUAUCAUGUGCUUUUAAAUUUAUAUCAAGGAAAUCUAUGUAUAUGAUGGAGUUGUGGUGGGAGGGAAACAUACUGGUAGUUGAGUUUCACCCUUUUGAAUUAUUAAUGUUUAAAUUUAUUUUCAGAAAAGAUUUAAUUGUGUACGAUUCAGUUAUUGCCUCCAUUUGUUACCCCAGUUCUCAGGAAUAGCUUAUUCAUUUUCAGAGAGAGGUCAGCGUGUCUUAAAAAUGGACAAAGAUUUCUUCACUGGCUACAGGAAAACUGCAGUUGAUGACGAUGAGGUUUUGGUGUCCAUUACAAUUCCAUUUACCAAGAAGGUUUCAUAUGUUUUUAAAAUUUAUAUUUUUUUUAUGCAUGCAGAGAAUUUCAAAGUUAAACUGUCCCAGAUACUAAAUACAAUUUAAUAAAUGCGCUUCACUUUCAAUAAUUGGAAAGCACUUUAAAAUAAUAAUACAAAACUUAAGCAAAAAAGCAUUGAUCAUAUAAUAAAAAUACUGUACUAGUGUCUGAUAACUUAACAUUGAAUUAAAUCAUUUAGAACUCAUUGCUACAUUUUUAAUCAAUUUGAUUUUCAAAUAUAUAUUAUCAAUAAUAACAAUGUGUCAAAUUUCAAUAUUGAUAAUAACCAGGGGCAGUAUUUUAAUGGCUUUAAACAAGCCCUUAGAAAAGAUGAUGAUAUCUCCCUUGUGAACGCUGGCAUGAUGGUGUCUUUAUCUGUUGACAAUACCAUCAUUGGCAUGUCAUUGGCUUUUGGCGGUAUGGGUUUGACAACGGUUCUGGCAAGGCAUACAGUUGAAGCGGUUUUAGGAAGGUAAGCAAAUUAAUUUUGAACUCCAAUAGCUUUUAUUAUUAUCUUUUUACAACCCUUUCUCUUUUGAUUGUUUCCUUUUGUUUAAAAUCCUUUUUGUAGUUAUUUACAGUAUUUUUAUUAAAUUACUGUUUUGCCUCUUUAAAAAAUCUGAUGAAGAUAUUUUUGGUAUGUAAGAAGGAAGGUAAAUAGUAGCAGCAUAGCUACAUUCAACUAUUGAAAUGUACUAUUUAAAUUUAAUUCAACCUGUUUUCUAGAUAACUGAUAUUUUAUCUUAUUAUUUUUCAUCUAGUAUUAAUUUUGACACUCUCUUGAGAAAGAGGAGAAAAGUUGUGUUUUUUUUCAAUUAUUUUGUAAAAUCCUAGAAACAAACUAUGGGAAUUUAUCUUUUAACAUUAAUUAAACUAAUUUCAAAUAUUUUUCUCUAGUGUAUGGAAUGAUACUCUGCUACAAAAAGUUUUUGAUUUAUUGCCAAGUGAUUUGCCUCUUUCACCUGGUGCACCGGGUGGAUCUGUAGAGUAUCGGAGAACUUUAGCUGCAAGCUUUUUCUUCAAAUUUUACCUGGCAGUUAAACAACAAGCCUGUGGAGAUGAGGUAUGUUCUGAAAUUAUUAUGCCUUUAUCUUUCAAUAUUCCAUCUCUUAAAUUACUUCUUUGAAAAUUUAUGAGAAAUAUUGUUUAAGCCUUUCAGCAUGAGAGAGAUCCUUUCUCAAAUGUAUACAAGAGAAAAAAAAAAAGGUGAAAUUUAGAGCAAUGAUGCCAUGAAAAAAAAAAAAAUAACAACCUGUCCACCUGGCUAUGUCAAAGGGGUUAAAUUUACUAAUGUUAAUAAAUAAUUGUUUUUUUUAUUAAUAGCUCACUAUUGAAUAAAUUGUGAAAGCUUAGGAAAAUGUCUGUUUUACAGCUUAAUCUGAUAGACAAGCGGCAUAACUGUCUUUUCCUUCUAUAGAUUAUUAAAAGUCAUGAUCUAAGUGCUCUCAAGCAAUUAGAAAGUUCUGUUACUCGUGCCAGCCAAAUCAUUGGUGCAGUUGACUCCAGAGACCAAUUAUUUGAAACUAUUGGUAAACCAACAGCACAUAUAUCAGCAUUGCAACAAAGUACAGGGGAGGCAAUUUAUAUUGAUGACAUGAUUCCAAUUGAAGGUAAACAAACGGCAUCAACUUGACAAAUUUUUUAAAUUCGUUUUCUUGUAAAAAUUUAUUAGAUAAGAGUCUUUUAUUGAUCCUAAUAACAGGAAAUUUGUUUUGAUUACAUUAUACAUAUGUAUUUCAGCAUUAAUAAUCUUUGUCUGAGUUUUUGUCAUCUUUAAAAUUGAUCUGUACAAAUGUGUACAAAUUUGUGGGUAAUUUGUGGUUUCCCCAUUUUACAAUUUUAGGAGAGCUUCAUUUGGCUUUAGUCACCAGCACAAAGACUUUUGCCAAAAUUGUCAGCAUUGAUCCAUCAGCUGCCCUUGCUGCACCUGGUGUUGUUGACUUUGUGUCUGCUGCUGAUAUCCCUGGAAAAAAUCAUCUUGGCAUUGUCAUGGACAAAAUUUUUGAAGAUUGUGAGGUAAUUUUUACUUUAGAGCAUCUAGUUAUGGGUUAUGAAGUCAAUAAAUUGUAAGAAUAUGGUCCCUGUAAAAGUUACAUUGUACUUGCUGAAACAUUUCUUAUCUUUAAUGUAAAGUCCAAGCAUUAAUUUUAGCUGGAAUUGAUUUUGGUAAAAUUUUACACACAUAAAAAUGGUUGUGUAAAGCUAAUGAAUUUUUAUCUUCAAUUUGAUGCAUCAAGGGAAAGUAAACCCCAACCCACCCCAGAUAACAUUGCCCCAUAUCUUUAUCUUUGGACUGUUCCAUUUCAGAAGACUCUUCUAAACAAAAUCAUACAUUUUUAAAUCAAUAAGAUAGACUGCUAAGACUGAAUCACAUUUUUCCAGAAAAUAUUUUCUUUUUUUUACAAUUUUAUGAAAGCAACAUUUUUUUCUAUUUUAUUUAGCCUUUGGUAAUUGUUUUUACAAGGUUACAUGUCAAGGUCAGAUUAUUGGAGCUAUUGUUGCUGAUACACAUAGCCAUGCCCACAGCGCUGUGAAGCUAGUCAAAGUGAAGUAUGAAGAAAAAUCACCUGUCAUUAUCACUAUCAAGGUUUGUAACAGGAAACUCUAGAUUUCAAGUUCUGAUACAAGAAAUUAAUAACAAUGUUUGAAAGAAAGACUCCUGCAUAAUUCAGCACUAACCCAAUUCUGAUAGAUGACAUAUAUUUUAAAAAACUAGAUGCAGAAUUCUGUUAGCCCAGUUAGAAAUAAAAGGAUACUGUUUGUGAAUGAAUCUGAGCAAUGUUUUUUAAUGCAUUAAUAAUAGAAAGUGUUACAUUGCAUGCAUGAGACGGACUUUUUACCAUGUUACAUUAUUUUGUAUUCAUAACAGAUGAAAUAAUAUAAUUUAUGAAGAAAACAGUAUUCUACAAACAGUUCUGCGGUCCUCACAAUACCAGAUGCAUUAAUAAUUUUUGAUUAAGUGCAAAUAACUACCAGGGCACCACAAGGCUGUGUUCUCUCCCCUGUACUGUAUACUAUAUACCAAUGAUAUUCAGAGCUCAAGCGACACCGUACCAAUCAAAAAAUUAGCUGAUGAUACCACCAUCAUUGGCUUAAUAUCUGAGUGAGAAGGCUUAUACCGCAACUUAGUUACAAGUUUUAUCAAUUGGUGCGACGAAAAUUUUCUCCAGCUGAAUGUCUCAAAAAAAAAGGAAAUGGUUGUUGAUUUCAGCAGGGGAAAAACCAACUUACAGAUCUCAACAUAAAAAAUCAAAUUGUAGUACUUAGGUGUCACCUGAAGCAAGAUGUUAUUGUAAAACUAAACACAUUUUGAAUAAUACAUCCCAAUCUCGGCCCAUUCGGGUCAAAUUCUUUCCCUCAGGACGAGGACUGAAAGAUAUAAAAAUUCAUUUGUUACCCAAUCUGUACUAAUUUUCCAGCGUGCUCCCCCUGAAGUCACAAAUCUUAAUGAGAACUAAGAAGUUCCUGAUAUGGCUAAGAGAAUUCACUGAAUGGCUGUUUUUUUUCACUAGUGAAAUAAUUUAAUGUAGAUGUCUUGUGUUUAAAUUGUUUUAUUUAUGUGCUGAAACUGUACAAAGCAAUCAAAAAACAUUUCCAUUUGAUUGGCUCAAUAAAAGAAUCUGAUCUUAUCUUAUUAUUUGUUAGGGUUUGAUUUUAUUAAAGACCAUGUGAAUGGUGUAUGCUAAUACAAGAUAAUUUUCAGGGAGGUUAGUUCUAGCUAGAUAGGUUUACAUGACAUAUAAUAAUGGCUACCAUAUUUCCCUUAGUUCAUUUUCUACAUGUACACUUUCUGUGUAGUAAGACAUUUUAUAUAAGUAUUUUAAAUAAGGAGGCCUGGAAAACAACUUUAUGGAAAUAAAUUAUGAUACGUUAUAAAAUCCAUGAAAUUAUCUCCAUACAGGAUGCCAUCAAACACCAAUCAUUCUUCAGUCCUUCAAAGAAACUGGAAAUAGGUGAUCUAACCAGGGGAUUCAAUUCUUCUGAUCACAUUCUAGAGGGUGAAGUUCGAAUCAAUGGACAAAAUCAUUUUUAUUUGGAGACUAUGGCUUCAAGAAUUCUGCCAGGGGAAAAUGGAGAAAUGGAGGUGUUUGCUUCCACACAAAAUCCAACCGAAUUACAGGUAAUAUCUUUAUAAUUACAAACAUUUAGUUUUUAAAAAUUCUUUUCUUAUGUCUUGUUGUAGAUCAGUGGUUCUCAAACUUUUUUUGGCCAUUGCCCCCUUUGCGCAAUGAACCCAUCCCUAGCACCCCCUGUAUUACCACAUAACAGUGGGCAGCACAACUAUGUAAGGAAAAUAACAACACAAUGAAAUUUUAAAGUUUUAUAAGUAAUUAAACUUUUAAUUAAAAUGUUAAAAAAAGCCUUUUACUUCAAUUAAAUUUGAUCCAUCAAUACUAUAGCUUUUAAAAAUGAACGAUAAGUAAGCACAUAGUAAGUUACUUUUCAAUGGCUUUUAUAGGCUUACUGUAUUCUUUGGAUAGGUCUAGUCAAGUGAAACCGUUUCUUUGAUACCAUUUUUAAGGUAACUUAACACCACUCUUAAAUCAAGAUUUUAAAAAAGUAUCGAGUCUAAAGCCAAAACUCUAAGUAAGAUUUUUUAAUUGUUGAUUUCACCUUUGAACUGGCUAUUCAUCAAACCAACUAAAUGCAUUUAGAACUGAAAAUGGAUUUAUCCCCCUUAACUAAAAUUUCAAUUGAAGAAAAUCCUAAAAUUGCUCUUACCCAAUUAUAUGUCCCAUAUUCAAAUGGUCACAAAAUAUUUUAAGCAGUAGCAUCACUAUGUGGUGUGGAAUAUAGUGGAUGACACCAAAUGACUAAUUGAAAAUUUAACAGUGUUAGCUUACGUCUAUUUUAAAUACAUGAGCAUGGUGCCACAAUAUCAGGCUGUCACCAUAGUGGUCACUGGAUCAGGCUGUCACCAUGGUAGUUGUCACAGGAUCAGGCUUUCACCAUGGUGGUUGUCACAGGAUCAGGCUGUCACCAUUGCGGUUGUCACAGGAUCAGGCUGUCACCAUAAUGGUUGCCACUAGAGCAAGGUCACACCCUAGCAGUUUGCAACUAGAAAAAGGUCUCACCAUCGCAGAUGGCCACUAGAACAAGGUCUCACUCUAGCAGUUUGCCACUAGAACAAGGUCUCACCCUAGCAGUUUACCACUAGAACAAGGUCUCAUCCUAGCAGAUUGCCACUAGAACAAGGUCUCACCCUAGCAGUUUGCCACUAGAACAAGGUCUCACCAUAGCAGAUUGCCACUUGAACAAGGUCUCACCCUAGCAGUUUGCCACUAGAACAAGGUUUCACCCUAGCAGUCUGCCACUAGAACAAGGUCUCACCCUAGCAGUCUGCCACUAGAACAAGGUCUCACUAUAGUACACUGCCACCUGAGCAAGGUGUCCUGAGACCUAGCAGGGUGCCAUCAGAUUAGGUUGUAAACAAAAAAGGUGUUCCCCAGAGCAGACAUACUUAAUGAGGUUUAUGGGAAAGUCUAAAAAGGGGAAGGGUGGCACCAUGAGUUAACCACACUGAUUAAACCUUAUCAUGCCACUGAUUUAUCAUGUUGUAAACCUUUUCAUUUCUAGUUCAGGCUGGCUUGGAUAUUGGAAAAAAAUUGCAAUUGAUUUAGUUAUGAAAGUAGAGUUUCUUUAUUUGGUUUAAAUAAUUUUAAAAUCAUCUCCCAGCAAAGGUAAAUUGAGUUAUUGAAAUCUGCAAAUAUUUCUGAAAACAGCUUAGUUGUGUUUGAUGACUUUGGGGUCAGAACGUAAAGAAAUAUAUUUCUUGUUCAAAACUCCCACCAUGUCAAAUAGCUUCUAAAAGCAACUUACAUACUCAUCUUGUGAAAGUCACUAAGCAUUCAGCUUUUAGCCACCAGAUGAUUUGAUCAAUGACACAGUAAAGAAUAAAGAAAUGAGGUACUUACAGAAAAUAUAUAAAUAAAACCGUGAUACUUACCUGUCCUUGAGGGGGAACUUUUUGUUUAAUUAUCAAGUAAUCGAGCAUCACUCAAAAUGCUAUCUCCAUCCCUGCAUAAUAAAAAUGAAGUUUAAUGAAGUUCUUCAUCAAGACUAGAUCUAAUCAACUUUCAUGAAAACAAAGAUAUAUUCGAGCUAUUUACAGUGUGAUGAUAGCCUACCCUGGCAACGCAUUGCCUUCUAUGAAUUUUAAUAAAUAUAGUAUAAUUUGAAAAAACUGUCAUUGAUAACAAUCAAUAAAUAUUUAUAUCACAAUAGUAAAUAAAUAUUAUAAUUUAAGUUCUUAUUUCAGUAAAUGUGUAGAAAAAUAUUUUGGUGGCUCCUCUUUAAAAUGUUAUCACUACUUGUGAACAUUAUAUUGAUCUGGUCUUACUAAGUGAAAAUGUUUUUUUUUGUUUUUCAAGUUUGAUAAUGAUCCCAUCAUUAAAUCAUAAAUCAAUUUUGUUUAAAAUAUCAUACACCUCUUAAACCUACUGUCCAUUUUACUGUCCCUGGGUUAUCCCACAUUCCGGGUGGUAGUGGGGUGUACCACCCAUUUUGAGGACAAUAGGUGUAGAUUGUCAAAUUUUAUAUUAUGGUUUUAAAUAUUUAUAAUUGUGUUUGAUUGGAAUAUGGAUAGUGGAAGGAAAGGUCUAAAUGUAUUACAUUAUUAUUUUCUCAGUUUGAAAUUGCUGAAGCUCUUGGCGUUGAAGCUAAUAAAAUUAAGAUACGCAUAAAAAGGAUAGGUAAGCCAAAUUCCUUGAUAUAUGUUGGAAAAUAUAUUGAAUUUAUAUUUGGUUUAAUAUUUUAUUAUCCUGCAGGAUUAGUUUUCCAUCUCAAAAUAGUUUGAAAUGUAGUCUGUCAUGUUGAUUUGAUCUGUUAGUGAAAUAAAGAACAUAGCUUUAAAUUGAUGAGAGUAUAAUUGCUAUUUAAUAUAUUUAAGUAUUCAAAAUAUAUAAGGUGAUAAAUUAAUUUCUAUCCAUUAACAUUAAUUUAAUGAUGAUGCAACCUGUUUUAUAGCUUCAGUAAACUAUAUUUUUGAAAUGACUAUAAUCUUUGUUGGUUAAAUAUUUUUAAUUGCCAAUUUAUUUUUGUUUCUAUGUUUCAUGAUGUCACAAAAAAAAAAUUAUUUGGAAAAAGAUAGAAUAUAAUUUUCUAAUCUUUUUUUUUUAUAAAAUGUUUUAGGAGGUGGCUUUGGUGGAAAGGAAUCCCAGACAUCAUUGUCAGCCUUACCAACUGCAAUAGCUGCCAGAAAGUAAGUAGAAUAAACUGUGAGUUAGAUAUAAAAUAAAGUUUCUUUGUAAUCUCUUUUUUUGGGACAAUCUUACACUGAGUAUUUAUAAAUCUACUUGGAAAAUGUACAUUUGUGUUUUAAAAUAAGACAUGAAAGUUUAUUUUCUAGACUUGGCAAACCAGUGCGUUGUAUUUUAGAGCGAGAUGAGGAUAUGGUUACCACAGGAAAUAGGCAUCCUUUUAUGGCAAAGUACAAGGUUAGAACCAUUGAAAUUUUAUCCAGUCAGAAUUGUAUACCUUUAUCAGCCUAGUUAAUGGAUUCAUGUUAAUUAAUUAUUAAAUAAUCCUCUUAUUAGCAGAUCUGUAUUGUUUUAAAGAUGAUAACAAAAAAAAAAUUGCAUAAUCAUACACGUACAGAAGCUUUUUAACAUUGCCAGAUUUUGAAACCAAAACUUUUAAUGGAAGUUUCUUCUAAAAUGUUUGUUUUGAAUUUACUUUUUAAUUCUGCCAUUAAAACUAAUGAGUCUAGAAAAGUCAUUAAGCAAACAACAAAAAAUAGUUAGAUACAACUUAUUUCAGGUUGGCUUCAAAUCAAAUGGGAAAGUCUUGGCCCUAGACAUGGAGCUGUUUAAUAAUGCUGGCAACAGUAUAGAUCUUUCUAUAGCUGUAAGUUUGUACUUUUGUUCUGCUAGAUUUAUUCAAAGCAUUGUCAAGAAAAUAUGGCAUUUAAGCUAGGAGAGAUAGUUGGAAUGUGUGAGGGGACAGAAUACAUGGGGUGUGCUUUGUAUGAAUUGUAUGGUGGGAAAGGAGAUGUAUGAAGAGCUCUUUUCAAAAUUUGUGUGAACAUGACAAUUUGCCAGAUCACCUCCACCUAGGAAGAAAAGACUAAAGCUGGUGACUCAAAAACUUAAUGGUUUUACAGGUACCAUAAUUAUGAUGGCUUGACCAAGAAGGCUGUGAGCCCCCAUUUAGAAAUUUAAUUGGUUCAAAAUUACUUUAUUAGCUUCAUUUCAAAAGUUACUGUGUUUCUAUUGCACAAAUUUUGUCUGAAUUUUCUGGUUAGUUUAAACAUAAAUAGAUAAUAUCCUCAAAGCUCAUAGGCCUAACUUGUAUGAACAUUCAGGAAUAAUCACAUUUGAUACCUACACAAAUUUUGUUUUUAAUUUCUUUUUAGCUGACUCUGACAAAUGUCAUUUUAUUUUUAGGUGAUGGAAAAAGCUAUGCUUGAGAUUGAUUCUUGUUACUAUUUUGCCAAUAUGAGGCUUGUUGGUAAAUGCUGUAAGACAAACAUCAUGUCAAACACAGCAUUCAGGGGUUUUGGCGGAGUACAGGCACAUUUCAUUGUUGAAUCAAUAAUGGAUGACAUAGUUUUUUAUCUAAAAAUGGAUCCGAUUCAGGUUAUGAGAGUUUUAUUCUCAGCAUUUAAAUAUUUCUUAGUGAAUGUGUUUAUGAAGUUAACGAUUAUUUAAGGUCUUGCUGAAUGAUUGCUUUGAAAAAUAAUGAGAGUGAGAGUAAAAAACAUUCUUAGCUCUUUACUCUCGUCUGAUCAGGUUCGAGAGAUAAACUUUUUCCAACCAGAUGAUUUGACUCAUUUUGCGAUUCCUGCUGGAGGAGAAUCUCUGAAGAGAUGCUGGGACAUGUGCAUUGAGAAAAGUGCUUAUCACAAUAGACGAAAGCAUGUGGAUGAAUAUAACAGGCAUGGAUAAAUCUACAGGGUGGCACAAAAAACUGGGAAUGCCUCAUGAAAUAUUGUGCAAUGUAUAUCAAAUUAUUUUUUGGGGAUGCUUUUAAACUGUAAACAUCAUCCUUACUUACUAAAUCACGUUUUGACGCCCCUACUUCAUUUAAUUCCUUUUGCCAUCUUAAUAUUUUAUUUAUUUUUCUGUGUUUAAUGUUUUGUACUGUUGGCAAAGAUAUCAGAGGAAGGUCGCAUUCUUAUUUUAAAAUUUACGAAUUGAAAAACAAUGGGAAGCUAGGCAAAUAACUGCUGUUUUUAAAAAUAAAGUGUGAAAAAAAAAAUGUCUUAAUUGAUUUGGAUUUCGUUAAAAAAAAUUGAUGCUGAUGGUAAGAACAAUGGAGAACAAGAACAGAGCAACAUAUUUUAAAGAAAUAUCUUUAACUUCAAUCAUACAAAUGCGCAACAGGGCAAGUUAUAAAUGAAAACUGGAAAUUGAAAUGAAGUCAACAGUUACUUUAUAGGUUUCCUAAUGAGGCAAGUGUACGAAGCAUUUGAUUUACAGAUGAAAAGUCACUUACUUGCGUUAGACCUGAUAAUUCUCAAAAUAAUUAUUUAUACGGGUAUUCUGAAUCAUGAAAGAGAAACAAACAGUUCAAGCAACAAGGCUGUUAAACAAAUGUGAGUAUUUCAUUUGGGGCAAAGUGGUUUCGGUCGGGGUGUCUUGGAUAGGAAAAAAUCAGUGCAGCGUUUGUGGAACAUGGAGAAAAAGUCAACAGUGAGUAUUAUUGUGAACACAUCCCAGGACACGGAUUCCUCCUGGAUAUUCAAGACAGAUGCCAUUGUCACAACAGGAUAAAGCCCCUGCAUACCCACAUCAAAAGAAUGUAACCUUCAUCGAAUCAGACAUUUCCACAAAGACCUAGUGACCUAAAUCCAGAAGAUUAUCCUAUUUGGAGCGCCUUCCAACAAAAAGUCUUACCUAUUAGUAAAUUGCAACAAUAGAACAAGAGAAGUCAACCAUUGCUCAGGGGUGAAAAAAAUUGUAUCAUUGGUUUAUAAACAGGAAUAUUGACCAGUGACACAGCCUGAACAGUGGCGCAGCCAUUAAGCAUAAACUGUUGAAAACCGAGGAGUAAAAAUAGCUUAACUUUUAGAGAGGUUACAUUGGUUAAAAGUUAAAGUUACCAACCAAAAUAAAUCCCAUGUAAAAUUAUUCAAGAUGGCCCCACUCUCUCUGCGCCACCCUGUACAUUCUCAGACAUUUAAUAGGGGAAUCUGAUUAAAAUCUAAUACAGAAACAGAGCUUUAAAUUAUUGGUCAGCUACACUGUUUUUUUAAUUUAAUUUUAUGAUUUUUAACUUUAAUCAAUAAAGCAUUUCUCAAUGGCCUGAUCACAAUGUUAUUUCCACUGAUUUAACUUUUAUUUAAUAUUACUUUAUAACAAUGAUCAUUAUAUUUUUAACAUAAUAUACAUUUGUUUAAAUGUUGCAGAUAUUGCACAGUUGUAUGUAUAAAAUUCUGCAUGUUUCAUUUAAGGUGCAAUCGUUGGAAGAAGAAGGGCAUUGCUGUUUGUCCAGUCAAAUUUGGAAUUUCUUUUAUUCAAACACACAUGAAUCAGGUGAUUAAAAAAACUGAGACUUAAUUAGUUAUCUUUCCUUUUCUAUUAAAUUUCCUAUAUUUCAAAUGAAUUUUUACUAAUGUACAUUUCGAGACUUAAAACACUCCUUCUGUAAAAUUAACCAAAGCAUAUUUCUUUUAAAAUAUUUGAUUUUUCACUUCAUUACAAAUAAAAAAGAAAAUGAAAAAUAAAUAUCCAUUCUUUCUGGUUUAAAGACAUUAUAAAUGUGAAAUUAGAUAAAAUCUAUUGGAUGAUCCAGAAAAAAAAACAACUUGACAAAUUAAUGGACAUGAGCUUAACAAAGUAUGGGAAAACCUGAAAAUAAGAAUGCAAUAAAAGAACAAACGUGUUCGCAAGAACAGUAAUAAAACAAACAAAAAAUAACACUAAGCUGAGAUCUAGUAUCAGAGAGGACAGCAAGAGCAUUUUCAGAAAUGAACUGCUACAAAAUAUAAAUUAUUCAGGGUUUUGGUUCAUCCCUAAGCUCCUGGUAUAAUACAAUGGUUUGUAGUUCAAUGUCAAACUUUUUGAUUCUCCUAAACGUGGCUAAAUUUUAUUGUGCCAAUAUGUAAUGGCUACAGUACUUAACACAAAUAAUAUUCUUUCAUUUCAAUAGUUUAAUUACCUGAACUCCAUAAAUAAACAUGUAAAACAGGUUUUAAUUGAUUUAAGGCUGGCGCCUUGGUACACAUAUAUAAAGAUGGAUCUGUGCUUGUAACUCAUGCUGGUGUUGAAAUGGGGCAAGGGCUACAUAUUAAAAUCUCACAGGUAAUAUUUUAUCUAAUCUACUUUUAAUCUUAACUUUAUUUUUUGAAAAAGUAUUCUUUACAUCAGGGGUCCUUAUAUUAUGACCUACAGGCCCCAUCCGACCAGCCAAGCGUCAUUAACCUGGCUGUCAUUUGGUUACCCGCGUAGCAGCUACAAAAUAGAACCAGACAUUGACCAUGUCAUUGGCCAGAAGCAGUCCCAUAUUUCCCAUUAAAAUGCUUGAAUUUGGGUAAAAUUGUUCAAUUAAAAUAUUGUAUUUUUCUGUUUUUUGCACUACCAUGGCAAAUAAGAUAAAUGGAGUGUGUAUAUGAAUUUGUUAAUAAUUUUUUGGAACUAUAACCUCGCCCCCAACAGUGUCUAUGGGACAGUGAACAUUGCCGCCGCCCCCCUCCCCCCGUCUCAAAAGUGUAAUGGCCCCCUGAUUAAAAAUUUCGAGGACCCCUGCUUUAGAUACUAGAUUUUUUUUUUUUACAGAGAACAUGCAAGUUUAUGAUGCUUUUCAAUUUUAAGUUAAUGAAUACUCAAUUAUUUUAUUUCGUUCUUCCACCAUCUCAGAUAGCUAGUGAAGUUCUUGGUUUGCCACUGUCUCGUAUUCACAUUAGUGAGACAUCUACCAGCACUGUGCCCAACACAAUGCCUACAGCAGCAAGUGUUGGCACAGAUCUCAAUGGCAUGGCUGUAAAGGUCUGAAUAUUUUAGAUUAAUUGUUAAGUAGGUUAGCUGAGGCUAAAAUAAAAUAAGGAAUCCUCCUUUGGCAUGUUUCUCUUUAAAAAGAGGCAGGCUUAUUGGUGAAUACUGGUAUUUGAAAAAGUAUUUGUUCACAUUUUCUUUGAGUUCUAAUAUGUUUUAAUAUAUGGGAAAUAUUGCAAACAUAAAAUUUUUUAGAUAGAAAAAGCUAAAUAAACUUUAAAAAUCCUGCUUCUAUUUUUCCUGAUUGAAUAUUUCCUCUCCAGAAUGCCUGUGAAAUUUUAAAAGAACGAUUGAAGCCUUUUGUAAACGCCAAUCCAAAAGGCUCCUGGGAAGAAUGGGUAUAAAUUUAAUACAUUUUUAAAAUUAAUUAGCACCCUUCUGCCCCCCCACCCAACCCUUUACAACUUACACAAGUUUAAUAUUUGCAACCAAAAUUAAGAAACACAUUUUUAUGAAAAGUAAAUAUCCAACAAAUGUAAAUAUUCAAGUUAUAAUUGUAAACAAUUCUUUAACUGUUAAAUAAGAAGCAAUUUUCUUGAAUCAUUGAUUUUAAAAUGGUUACAAGUGAACAUUAUAUUGUUUUUAUUUUUUAGAAUUUGUUUAUACCAAUAUGUUGGUUAAGAGAAAUUAUGAGAUUUGUUUUUUCCCACUUUGUAGAUUAAGUUGCAGUUAUAAAAUUCUAAAGAAGCCUACGGUUUAGAGAAAAGCACAAAUUAACAUCUCAUGAAUUUUACUAACAUUUAAGUAAUUACUGUCACACACACAGCGUGUUCAUGAAUAUUACUCAAGAUAAUGUCUCCAUUUCUAAUGUAAUCUAUUUUCUAUUUUUAGAUCACAAGUGCCUACAUGGCAAGGGUAAGCUUGUCUUCAACAGGAUUUUACAAGUAAAGAAAACAUUUUUUGAUGUUUUAAAAGCUUAGCAUCUCACACAUCUGAUAUUUAUAUCAUACAGUGUGGCCAGAUUAGCAUCUCACACAUCUGAUAUUUAUAUCAUACAGUGUGGCCAGAUUAGCAUCUCACACAUCUGAUAUUUAUAUCAUACAGUGUGGCCAGAUUAGCAUCUCACACAUCUGAUAUUUAUAUCAUACAGUGUGGCCAGAUUAGCAUCUCACACAUCUGAUAUUUAUAUCAUACAGUGUGGCCAGAUUAGCAUCUCACACAUCUGAUAUUUAUAUCAUACAGUGUGGCCAGAUUAGCAUCUCACACAUCUGAUAUUUAUAUCAUACAGUGUGGCCAGAUUAGCAUCUCACACAUCUGAUAUUUAUAUCAUACAGUGUGGCCAGAUUAGCAUCUCACACAUCUGAUAUUUAUAUCAUACAGUGUGGCCAGAUUAGCAUCUCACACACCUGAUAUUUAUGUCAUACAGUGUGGCCAGAUUAGCAUCUCACACACCUGAUAUUUAUGUCAUACAGUGUGGCCAGAUUAGCAUCUCACACAUCUGAUAUUUAUAUCAUACAGUGUGGCCAGAUUAGCAUCUCACACAUCUGAUAUUUAUAUCAUACAGUGUGGCCAGCUUAGCAUAUCAAACAUCUGAUAUUUAUAUCAUACAGUGUGGUCAGAUUAGCAUCUCACACAUCUGAUAUUUAUAUCAUACAGUGUGUUCAGCUUAACAUCUCACACAUCUGAUAUUUAUAUCAUACAGUGUGGCCAGAUUAGCAUCUCACACACCUGAUAUUUAUGUCAUACAGUGUGGCCAGAUUAGCAUCUCACACAUAUGAUAUUUAUAUCAUACAGUGUGGCCAGAUUAGCAUCUCACACAUCUGAUAUUUAUAUCAUAGUGUGACCAGAUUAGCAUCUCACACAUCUGAUAUUUAUAUCAUACAGUGUGGCCAGAUUAGCAUUCCACGCAAAAUAAUUUUAUUUUAUUUAUAUUGAUGAAAUUUCCAAUGGAAGAGUGUUUUUAUUACAGGACACCUGAUGUGGGGUAUGACAUGGACAAGCAGAUUGGUCGGCCGUUUGCUUACUUUACUUUUGGAGCUGCUUGUACAGAAGUCCAGAUUGAUUGUCUUACAGGGGAACAUAAGGUACUAAAGAUAUUAACAGACACAUUUUCUAGUGAAACAAAAACCAUAAACAGAACAUUCAUUCACAUCGAUAAUUUUGAUAUUGAAUUUUUCAAGUAAGGAUUAUUUCUGUCAGGAUAAAAGAAAACAUUACAUUUAUUGUGAGUUGGAAUAGCAACAGGUUGGGAUAGCAAAAUAUCAAUGAGUACAAAUCUGUGAAGUAUGAUUAUUCCUUUUAUAAACAGGUUCUCCAAACAGAUAUUGUUAUGGAUGUUGGCAACAGUAUCAACCCAGCCAUUGACGUUGGCCAAAUAGAGGGUGCUUUCACACAGGUAAAAAGAACAAGGGGAAUAAGUCUUAAAUAAUGGUACUAGCACACAUUUAACUUAGAAACAUGUUUAAAAUAUCACUUAAAAAAGUUUCUCAAAUUUCAUUUCAAUACCUCUGCGUAUGUAUGUAUGAUGCAUUUAAUAAGUAAUGCUUUUAUUAGCAAACAAGGAAAUAUCUGAAUCAAGUCAAUACUCUCCAGGGUUAUGGACUCAUGCUAACUGAAGAUAUCAAAGUCUCCCCAGAAGGCUCUCACAUAACCAAGGGCCCAGGCAACUAUAAAAUCCCAUCUUUUGGGAACAUCCCAGCGGUGUUCAAUGUUUACCUGGUUCCAGACAGUUCCAAUCCCAAGGCCAUCUUCUCAUCGAGGGUAAACGUUCAUUUUUUUAAAAAAUACAUAAUAUUUCCUCUAGUUGGAAUAAAGGCUAACAAGUCUUCAUGACUUCUCCAUACCCAACAUUUUGGAUGGAAAGAGGUCUCUACAUCCACUGUGAAGGGCAAUUUCACUCAAAGCCAUGCAGUAAUUACAGAAGACUGAAAUGUAAUCAAAUAAAAAUGUUAGCUGUAAUCUUGCCAUUUUAUGAGGAUUUCUUAUGUCAUGUUUACAGGCGCUAGGUGAGCCUCCACUCAAUCUUAUCAUUUCUUAUGUCAUGUUUACAGGCGCUAGGUGAGCCUCCACUCAAUCUUGCCAUUUCUUAUGUCAUGUUUACAGGCGGUAGGUGAGCCUCCACUCAAUCUUAUCAUUUCUUAUGUCAUGUUUACAGGCGGUAGGUGAGCCUCCACUCAAUCUUGCCAUUUCUUAUGUCAUGUUUACAGGUUGUAGGUGAGCCUCCACUCAAUCUUGCCAUUUCUUAUGUCAUGUUUACAGGCGGUAGGUGAGCCUCCACUCCUCCUUGCCAUAUCUGCCUUCUUUGCAGUCAAAGAUGCCAUCAGGGCAGCCAGAAUUGACAAUGGUGAAUCUGUUCAGUUUGAACUCAACAGUCCAGCUCUCCCAGCCAACAUACGGAUGGCUUGCAAUGAUACUCUGAGCAGACAAGUAGUUCAACUUAAACUAUUUAACCCUUUACUGACAUCGCCGUAAACUUAUAUUCAAGGCUUCCUAAAAACGAUAUAUUUUUUUCUGGGUUUAAAUUUACACAACUUUCAGUGAAUUUCUUUCUGUAAAGUUAAUCAUAUUUAAAAAAAAAAAAAAUGAAGAAAUGCUAAAAGAAAGAAGAUGCUGCUUAAAAAAUAUUGAUACGUUUACAAUUAAUAUCUUUUUCAGUUUCCAGAAGCUGAUCCUGAAUCAUACCACCCAUGGACAGUUGACCUCUGAACAACUAAUUCUUUUGGCUAUACUAUUGUUUAAGUACAUGCAAUUAAUGUGCAUUGAAGCGGCUAAUCUCCAAUGUUUACCUGCCUGUCAUUGCAUUGAGAUAAAUUCAAUUGAAUGGUCUAUUCUAAAAAUGAAAAUUCUAUGAGCAAUACAAUGUCAUGGAUCUAUAUUAACAUGAUUUCAAAGACUAAGAGGUAUUUGCUUUAAAGUGGAAUAACAGGUGGCAGGUUCACUGAGUUCAAUAUAUUUUUACAUGUUACAAGUGUAACGUACUGUAAAUUGGAUGGCUGACAAACAUAGCUUUGGUCUGCAGCAAUUUUUACAUUGUUUUAACUAGCGGAUGGAAACAAAGAUAUCAUCCGUAUAUUUAUCCAGAAUGCCUUCUUUCAUAAUUCCCAUUUGUCUUAAAUUUAAGUUGAGAAACUUAGUUAUGGUGCAUUUAUAUAAAUGCCAUGUACAGCAUUUUAUUUAUAACCAGAUUUCAUUUUUUGAAAGUCGUCAUAUAGAGAUGUACGUAUAAAUAACAGAGGAAGUGACAUGUUUCAUUACUAACUAGAUGUUAAGUGUGUGCAUUAAAUAAAUUCUAGUGUAUUGAGCUAACAAGUUUCACUCAAAAUCUUAUAGUGCUAACAGUCCAAGUAUCUUUGUGCCUCCUCUAAAUAUGGUUCAGACAGCACUUUUAGUUUACAGUGUUCCAAUGUUUACAUGCUGUUAGGACGUCACAUUCCUUCCCAUAAAAGUGUGCAUGCACCCCCCAUUUCUUGCUAUUUGUAUUAAUAAAUAUGUUUUCAAGACCAACCUACUAACAUAACUGCAUGCAUGACUCACCAGGUCUCAUAAUUACAAGCCCAACAAUGACAAACAAACCCCACGCCACUCAACACACCUUAAAUAAUGAUAUUUUGAACGUUUGUUACUCUUGUAGUCUAAGGCCAUUUAAUUAAUAUUGUAAAUUAUUUAUUGAUUGUCCUGUCUAUUUCUAUUUUCCACAAACCUUCUUCUUAUAUUUCCAGCUUCCACACACCAUCUUCUAUUUCUUUCACACAGCUUGAACACGGUCUUUCAUUUAUUAUCCUUUAUGUAAUGCAGUUGUAAAGAUUUGACUUCUAAAUUUUUUAUUAAUUACAGGUACAUGUAGUUAAUUAUUUUUCGUUAUUGACAGGACAAUCAAAUAUUUGUCUAUGGAUAAUAGCAGUAACUUUACUUAGAGAUCUCAUCUUAAUAAUGAAAAGAACACAAGCUUGCAAACAAAGAACGCCAUAAAGUAACAAAUUUGAUGAAUAAAUUGUUUUAAAUCAUUUCAUAUUAAAAAAGUGAAUAUAUAUACAUGUAUGUGGGAAGAUAGACCAUUACAUCUUGGGAGCACCAUAAGCAUCAGGAAGCCUCUCUAUGGAAUAUCUGUGGAAUAUAAUAAUUGAAUCAAAAUAAUGUUAAUGGGGUAUUGAUUAAUCAUACACAAUACCCCUAAAAACUUGCAAUUGUUUUACGUCAUUAUUAACAAUACGGAUUUUAUCACAAUAACAACUCAGUUAACUGCCUUGAUUUUGUCUUACAAAUAAACGACCUGGCUUGUUUUCACA